ACCAUCUCUCUAAAGCUUCUCUCAUAACAAUGGAAAGACAAAUCAACAUAGAGAGUAGUGUUUCUCAAGUAACCUUUAUCUCCUCCACCGUCUCCGCCGUAUCUUCCUCCUCCUCCGUCACCGCUUCCGCCUCAUUGUCCUCUUCACCUACAACAUCUUCUUCUUCUUCAUCAUCAUCAACAAAUUCUAACUUCAUUGAGGAAGACAACUCUAAAAGAAAAGCAUCUCGAAGAUCAUUAUCAUCAUUAGCCUCCGUUGAAGACGAUGAUCAAAACGGUGGAGGAGGAAAACGGCGAAAGACCAGCGGUGGAGAUAAACAUCCGACGUAUAGAGGAGUAAGGAUGAGGAGUUGGGGAAAAUGGGUAUCGGAGAUUAGAGAGCCAAAGAAGAAAUCAAGAAUCUGGCUCGGGACUUAUCCAACGGCUGAGAUGGCAGCUCGAGCUCACGACGUAGCGGCUUUAGCCAUUAAAGGUACAACGGCUUACCUCAAUUUUCCGAAAUUAUCCGGCGAGCUUCCUCGUCCAGUCACAAAUUCUCCUAAAGACAUUCAAGCCGCCGCCUCUUUAGCCGCCGUUAAUUGGCAAGAUCCGGUCAACGAUGUGAGUAAUUCUGAAGUAGCUGAAUUAGCUGAAGCCGAGCCGAGUCGAGCCGUGGUGACUCAGCUGUUUUCUUCGGACACAAGCACGGCGACGACUCAAAGUCAAGAGUCUUCGGAAGCUUCGUGUGCUUCGACGUCGUGUACGGACAAAGACAGUGAAGAAGAGAAGCUGUUUGAUUUGCCGGAUUUGUUUACCGAUGAGAAUGAGAUGAUGAUUCGAAACGAUGCGUUUUGCUAUUAUUCGUCCACGUGGCAGCUUUGUGGAGCUGAUGCUGGGUUUCGGCUUGAAGAGCCGUUUUUCUGUCUGAAUGACUAAAUUACCCUUUUGGGAAAGCUCACUAACACUUGAUUAAUUUACUCUUUUCUUCUUCUUCUUUUUCUUCAAUUUCUCUAUUUACGUUUGAUUUUUUUUUUUCAACUUGAGUGAUAUUGAUUUUUUGUAAAGAAACGAGUUCAUUUUGAUUUUCUAGCAAAUGUGUGGUUGUGUAAUACAAAUGUAGUGAGAAC